CGACGCCCUCCAUUAGUUGUGUAUGUCGGCCGGCUGCGAACGCUAUCGAUGAGUAUCGCAAUAUUUUGUUAGUGUGUUUUUAUUAGUGUUGUUUUUUUUUUUACUAAAUUUUAUACCAGUGAUUAUGAUUUGAUAACAUAAUUUAAACCCAUAGUUCAUCAAAAAAGUUUGCAAAUUCAAUUGCUCCUGUCCGUUCAAUCUCAAUUCUACAACAUUAUUUAACUGAAAGGAAACGAUUGUUUUUUAGUCUGCGGUUCGGUACAAAGUGUAAACAAAUAGUGAUAUAGAGGUGUCUGGCCACUAUGACGACAGACAUCUCUGUAGUCCGGUGGGACCCGGCUAUACAGCAAGACGGUACAGGAAUAGUUGAAGACUAUGAAUAUGAUGGUGGUAACUCAUCUUCCAGAUUAUUCGAAAGAUCAAGGAUCAAAGCCUUAGCCGACGAAAGAGAAAGUGUACAGAAAAAAACCUUUCAAAAAUGGAUAAACUCACACUUAGUUCGAGUGAACUCCCGAAUUGGAGAUUUGUAUAUAGACCUCAGAGAUGGCAAAAUGCUCAUAAAACUAUUGGAAGUACUUUCUGGAGAGCGAUUGCCAAAACCUACCAAAGGGAAAAUGCGAAUACAUUGUUUAGAAAAUGUCGACAAAGCCCUACAGUUUUUAAAAGACCAAAGAGUGCACUUGGAAAAUAUGGGAUCACAUGAUAUUGUUGAUGGAAAUCCUAGAUUGUCAUUAGGUCUCAUAUGGACCAUUAUUUUAAGAUUUCAAAUUCAAGAUAUUACUAUUGAAGAAACGGAUAAUAAAGAGACAAAAUCUGCCAAAGAUGCAUUACUAUUAUGGUGUCAAAUGAAAACUGCUGGCUACCAUAAUGUGAAUGUACGUAACUUUACAACAUCAUGGCGUGAUGGUUUGGCUUUCAAUGCUAUUAUCCAUAAACAUCGUCCUGAUUUAGUACAAUUUGAAAAACUGAGCAAAACAAAUGCUAUGAAUAAUUUGACUAAUGCAUUCAACACAGCUGAAGACAAGCUAGGCAUUGUAAAACUUUUAGAUCCUGAAGAUGUUUUUGUUGAACAACCUGAUGAAAAAUCUAUAAUUACUUAUGUAGUUACAUAUUACCAUUACUUCAGCAAAAUGAAACAAGAAACUGUUCAAGGCAAGAGGAUUGGACGUGUUGUUGGAAUCGCUAUGGAAAAUGAACGCACUGCACAAGAGUAUGAAAGACUCACUAGUGACUUAUUGCAAUGGAUUAAGCAAACUAAAGAAUCAUUAGCUGAACGAAAAUUUAUCAACUCAUUAAAUGGAGUUCAGCAACAACUACAACAAUUUAACAAUUAUAGAACUGUGGAAAAGCCACCUAAGUUUGUUGAAAAAGGAAAUUUGGAAGUGUUGUUGUUUACUUUACAAUCAAAAAUGCGAGCUAAUAAUCAGAAGCCAUACACACCCAAAGAAGGUAAAAUGAUAUCAGAUAUUAACAAAGCUUGGGAGCAAUUGGAAAAAGCAGAACAUGAAAGGGAAUUAGCUUUAAGGGAAGAAAUCAUUAGACAAGAAAAAUUAGAACAACUUGCUCAGAGAUUUAACAGAAAGGCUAGCAUGAGAGAAACUUGGUUAAGUGAAAAUCAACGUUUGGUUUCACAGGACAAUUUUGGAUUGGACUUGGCAGCAGUUGAAGCUGCAGCAAAGAAACAUGAAGCUAUUGAAACUGAUAUAUUUGCUUACGAAGAACGUGUUGAAGCUGUUGUUACAGUUGCCCAAGAAUUAGAAACUGAAGAUUAUCAUGAUAUUGUUCGUAUAAAUGCUAGGAAAGAUAAUGUUCUUCGUCUUUGGAAUUAUCUUUUGGAGCUUUUAAAAGCACGCCGACAUCGUCUUGAACUGUCUCUACAGCUUCAACAAAACUUCCAAGAAAUGCUCUACAUAUUAGAUUCAAUGGAAGAACUUAAAAUGAGAUUGUUAUCUGAUGAUUAUGGUAAACACUUAAUGGGUGUUGAAGAUCUCUUACAAAAGCACAGUCUUGUUGAGGCUGAUAUCAAUGUUUUGGGUGAACGAGUAAAGAGUGUUGUACAACAUUCUCAACGAUUUUUGGAUGAAGAUAAUAUAGAAGGCUACAGACCAUGUGAUCCUGCUGUUAUUGUUGAAAGAGUUCAAGAACUCGAAGAUGCUUACUCAGAGUUAGUUAAAUUAGCAGUUGAAAGAAGGGCACGCCUUGAAGAAAGCCGAAAACUUUGGCAAUUCUAUUGGGAUAUGGCUGAUGAGGAAAACUGGAUUAAAGAAAAAGAACAAAUUGUAUCAGCUGGAGAUAUUGGUCAUGAUUUAACUACAAUAAACUUGUUGCUUUCUAAACAUAAAGCACUAGAAAAUGAAAUUCAAAGUCAUGAGGGUCAAUUACUGGACGUAGUAAAAGUUGGUGAAGAUUUAAUUAACAGUAAUCAUUUUGGUGCUGACCGUAUACAAGAACGUGUAUCUACCACACAUUUAAUGUGGGAUCACUUAAUUACACUGGCUAAACAACGACGUAAGCGUUUAGAAGAUGCUGUUGAUUACCAUCAAUGGUUUGCGGAUGCUGAUGAUGUUGAUAUUUGGAUGCUUGAUACUUUGAGACUUGUUUCAUCAGAAGAUGUUGGUCGUGAUGAAGCUAAUGUACAAUCAUUACUGAAGAAACACAAAGAAGUUAGUGAAGAGUUAAAAUCAUAUUCUCAAACUGUGGAAGCACUUCGCUCACAAGCUAAUCAAUUAAAUACUGAACCUGGUGCUCCAACAAGUGGACCUGAAGUUAAUGAACGCAUGUCAUCUAUUGAUAAACGUUACAAAGAAUUAGUUGAAUUAGCUAAACUAAGACACCAAAGAUUACUUGAUGCUCUUUCAUUGUAUAAAUUAUUUAGUGAAGCUGAUGCUGUACAACAAUGGAUUGGGGAAAAGAACCGUAUGUUAGAAACAAUGAGCCCCGGGAAAGACAUUGAAGAUGUUGAAAUAAUGAAACAUCGUUAUGAUGGUUUUGACAAAGAAAUGAAUUCAAAUGCAUCUCGUGUAGCUGUUGUUAACCAAUUAGCUAGACAACUGCUUCAUGUUGAACAUCCAAAUUCUGAUGAAAUUGAGAAAAGACAAUAUAAUUUGAAUCAUGAAUGGGGUGAUUUGAGAGAUAAAGCAGAAGCUAAACGUGAUCAACUUAAUUCUGCACAUGGUUUACAAACUUUCCACAUUGAAUGUAGAGAAACUAUAUCUUGGAUUGAAGAUAAAAAGAGAAUUUUACAAUCCACUGACAGUCUAGAAAUGGAUCUUACUGGCAUUAUGACAUUACAACGUCGUUUAUCUGGUAUGGAACGUGAUUUAGCUGCUAUUCAAGCUAAAUUAGAUGCUCUGGAGUCUGAAGCUCGUGCUAAUGAAAAAGAACAUCCUGAAGAAUCUGCUGCUAUUCGUGAAAGAAUAGAAACCAUCCAAAAAGAUUGGGAAGAAUUAACACAAAUGUUGAAAGAAAGAGAUUCAAAAUUAGAAGAAGCUGGUGAUAUUCAUCGCUUUUUAAGAGAUUUAGACCACUUCCAAGUCUGGUUAACUAAAACUCAAACUGAUGUGGCUUCUGAAGAUAUUCCAUCUUCAUUAUCUGAAGCUGAGAAACUAUUAUCUCAACAUCAAGCUAUCCGUGAAGAAAUUGAUAACUAUACAGCAGAUUACAUUCAAAUGAUGGAUUAUGGUGAAAAAGUGACAGCUGAACCUGGUUCUCAAGAUGAUCCUCAGUACAUGUUCCUGAGAGAACGUCUUAAGGCUUUACGUGAUGGGUGGCAAGAAUUACAUAAAAUGUGGGAAAAUCGCCAACAACUAUUAUCUAAAUCACUUAACUUACAAAUGUUUAAUCGCGAUGCUCGUCAAGCUGAAGUUUUACUUUCUCAACAAGAACAUGUGUUAUCUAAGGAUGAAGUUCCUUCAAAUCUAGAACAUGCUGAAAAUCUUAUUAAACGUCAUGAAGCUUUCUUAACGACAAUGGAAGCUAAUGAUGAUAAAAUUAAUGGAGUUACACAGUUUGCUUCAAAACUUGUUGAAGAAGAUCAUUAUGAUGCUGAUAAAGUUAAGAAGAAAGCUGAUAAUAUAGAAGAACGUCGUGAUGCCAACCGAAAGAAAGCUCAAGAACUUAUGGACCAAUUGAAAGACCAACUUCAACUUCAUCAAUUUCUUCAAGAUUCUGAUGAACUUCAACAAUGGAUUCAAGAGAAAAAAUUCACUGCUCAAGAUGAAACAUAUAGAAGUGCUAAAACUGUUCAUAGCAAGUGGACACGUCAUCAAGCAUUUGAGGCAGAAAUUGCAUCAAAUAAAAAUAGAUUAGAUAGAGUACAACAGUCUGGAGAAGAGCUAAUGAAAGAAAAACCAGAACUAGCUUCCAUAAUUGAACCAAAAAUAUCUGAGAUGUUGAGCCAGUUUGAAGAUUUAGAAAAAACAACAACAGAAAAAGGUGAACGACUUUUUGAUGCUAAUAGAGAAGUCCUUAUACAUCAAACUUGUGAAGACAUUGAUUCAUGGAUGGAUGAUCUUGAAAAACAAAUAGAAGCAGCAGAUACAGGAAAUGAUUUAGCUUCUGUUAAUAUACUUAUGCAAAAACAACAAAUGAUUGAGACUCAAAUGGCUGUAAAAGCUAAACAAGUUGGUGAAUUAGAAACUCAAGCUGAAUAUUUAAAGAAAACUGUUCCUGAAAAAGUUGAACUGAUUAUUCCAAAGAAAGUUAAAGUAGAAGAAAGAUUUGAACAACUGAAAGAACCGUUGAAAUUAAGACAAAGACAACUUGAGAAAAAGAAAGAAGCUUAUCAGUUUAGAAGAGAUGUUGAAGAUGAAAAAUUAUGGAUUGCUGAAAAAACACCAUUAGCCACAUCUACAGAAUAUGGAAACAGUUUGUUCAAUGUCAAUAUGUUACAAAAGAAAAAUCAAUCUCUAUGUAAUGAAAUUGAUAAUCAUGAACCUCGCAUCAAACUUGUUUGCAACAAUGGCCAGAAAUUGAUUGAUGAAGGACAUGAGGAUGCUUCACAGUUUACUGAUCUUAUUCAUGACUUAACACAACGUUGGCAACAGCUCCAACAAGAUGUUGAACAUCGCAGACAAAUGUUACUACAAUCUGAAAAAGCCCAACAAUACUUCUUCGAUGCCAGCGAAGCAGAAAGUUGGAUGGGUGAACAAGAACUAUACAUGAUGGUAGAAGAUCGUGGAAAAGAUGAAAUAUCUGCACAAAAUCUAAAGAAAAAACAUGAAUCUUUAGAAUUGGCUGUAGAUAACUAUGCUGAUACUAUUAGACAAUUAGGAGAAACUGCACGUCAAUUGACUAGUGAAAUGCAUCCUGAGAGUGAUCAAAUAGCAGUUAAGCAAUCCCAAGUAGAUAAACUCUAUGCUGGUUUAAAAGAUCUAGCUGGAGAACGUAAAGCUAAAUUAGAUGAAGCUUUGAAAUUAUUCAUGUUGCAUCGUGAAGUUGAUGAUUUAGAGCAAUGGAUUGCCGAAAGAGAAAUUGUCGCUGGCUCUCAUGAACUUGGCCAAGAUUAUGAUCAUGUCACUUUAUUGUGGGAAAGAUUCAAAGAAUUUGCUCGUGAUACUGAGUCUACAGGUAGUGAACGAGUUGCUACAGUUAAUGGCAUUGCUGAUCAGUUAAUAAAUGUUGGUCAUAGUGAUUCUGCCACUAUUGCUGAAUGGAAAGAUAGUCUAAAUGAGCAAUGGCAAGAUUUACUUGAACUCAUUGAAACUAGAACACAAAUGCUAGUGGCUUCACGAGAAUUACAUAAGUUCUUCCAUGAUUGCAAAGAUAUGGUUAGUCGUAUUUCUGAAAAGAGUCAUGAAAUGUCUGAAGAUCUUGGUCGCGAUGCAGGUUCAGUACACACAUUACAACGUAAACAUCAAAGUUUUUUACAAGAUUUACACACACUCAGUGCACAAGUUCAAGCUAUUACUGAAGAUUCAGCACGUCUACAAACUUCAUAUGCUGGAGACAAAGCCAAAGAGAUAACUGGACGAGAAGCUGAAGUAGUAAAUGCUUGGGCUGCUUUACAAUCUGAAUGUGAAUUACGUAAACAAAAGUUAGCUGACACAGGAGAUUUACAUAAGUUCUUUAAUAUGAUGAGAACCCUUACAAUUUGGAUGGAUGAUGUUGUUAGACAAAUGAACACUUCUGAAAAACCUAGGGAUGUUAGUGGUGUAGAGUUAUUAAUGAACAACCACCAAAGUCUUAAAGCUGAAAUUGAUACUAGAGAAGAUAAUUUCACUGCCUGUAUUUCUUUAGGAAAGGAACUCCUUUCAAGAAAUCAUUAUGCUUCUAAUGAAAUUAAAGAUAAACUAAUGCUAUUAAAUACACAAAGAAACUCAUUACUAAAUAGAUGGGAAGAAAGAUGGGAAAACUUACAACUGAUUUUGGAAGUGUAUCAAUUCGCAAGAGAUGCUGCCGUUGCUGAAGCUUGGUUGUUGGCCCAAGAACCUUACAUAAUGAGUUUAGAACUAGGAAUGACUAUUGAUCAAGUUGAAAAUUUAAUUAAAAAGCAUGAAGCUUUUGAAAAGUCUGCUAUAGCCCAAGAGGAAAGGUUCUGUGCUUUGGAACGAUUAACUACCUUUGAAUUAAAAGAAAUUCAACGCAAAAAAGAAGAAGAAGAAAAGAAAAAACAAGAAGAUCUUGCUAAACAGGCAGCCCAAGCUGAAGCUGAAGCAGCUGCUAAAGCUGCAAAAGAAGCUUCAGAAAUAGAUGGAAAAGCUAAGGAUGGAGAAGGUCGACCUGUGCAUGUGAGCUCUGCAUCCAGCAAGAAGAUUGCAAUGGCUGGUCCCAGUGGAUCUGCCAAAUCAUCAGCAACACUGCCUGCAACUUCGCGAAGUCAGUUAAUCAAAGAUCGAAACAAGGACAGGUCGAGAUCUAAAUCGCCAUUCCGAAGUUUUCGGUGGAAAAAAUCACCACAAAAAAGCCCGUUGUCGGCUGUUACUUCAGCUAGUGACGAUGAGGCCAUUGUUGAACGCAAUUCAGACCAAUCCACAGCUGAUGAAGGUGAAAUCCAAGAAGGUAUUCUUAAUAGAAAACAUGAGUGGGAGUCAACUACCAAAAAGGCAUCUAACAGAUCUUGGGAUAAGGUAUUUGUAUGCAUACAAGGCACUAAUCUUGCGUUCUACAAAGAUGCUAAAUCUGCUAAGUCAGCUCCAGAUUCAUACUUCAAAGGUGAAACACCUAUUGAUUUACGUGAUGGUUCUGCAGAUGUUGCUACUGAUUAUACUAAAAAGAAGUUUGUUCUGCGGGUCAAGUUGUCUACUGGAGCUGAGUUUCUGUUCCAGGCGAGAAAUGAUAUUGAAAUGAGACAGUGGGUUAAUACAUUAAAAAGUGUAUGUGAACAGGUUACUGCUGGUACUCAGUCUAGGUCUCAAACCCUACCAGCAGGUGGUGAUAAACGUGAAGAACCAAAGCGCCGUAGUUUCUUUACAAUGAAAAAAGUUUAAAUGUGUGUUAUUGGUGCACCUACAAUAAGACAGCUUACAUUAAUAUCUUCAAACUCGCUUUGAGAAGAAUAUUAACAUGUGAAAAUACGACUUUGUGCACAUUUCAUAUAUAAAUUUUAUUUUGUAUUUGAUAUACCAACAAUUAACCAAAACUUAUGAUUGUUUAGUUUUAUUGAUUUUAUUUUAUUAUAUAUUUUUGAAUUUUGCAAUGUUUAUUUUAUUUAUUUUAAUAAAUUAUUUCUUUUUUAAUGCUCGAAAUCAGUUUAAAUACUUAAUUUAUAAUUUAUAGUAAGAAUAAAUAAAACCUAUUAAGCUAAUAAUAUUUAAUUAACAUAUUGUUCAUAUAUUACAAUAUGAUAUAUAUUUAUAUAUACUCAUAAAGUAUUAUUUUUGUUAUUUAUUCAACAUGUAACAAGUCGCCUGAAAUAAAUGAUUUAUAAAUAUUAUAUAUAUUUAGAGCAAUUUUAGUAUUUUAAGAUUACUAUUAAUAUAGUUUAAUAGAAGUUAUUUGAUAAAUAUAUAUUUAUGAGAUGAUAAACAUAAAAAUUAUCCUUCAGUAUCACAUUUUUAGUUACCUUUAAGGCUUAACAGUAUACUUAUAAGUACAAUUUUGCUAUAUUUAUUUUUAAAUAAUAAUAAAAAAAAAAAUAAAAAAAACACAAUUUUUUUUAUAUAAAUCUUCUACUUUUGGCAUUUGGUUCCUUUAUGCAUAAUUUUGUGCUUUAAAAAAUUUAUUAAUUGUUUAUCUAUUUAUAUAUAUAUGUCUAAUUUUAUUUAAAAUUAUGGAUCGAAUAUCAUUGUUUUAUCGAAUGAUUUAUAAUUGUAUGUAAAGGAUAAACAAGAACUUAAUUGUGUACCUAAAUAUUUGGAAACCUUGUGUAAUUAAAAAAAUUAUUUUGAACUCGCUUUAAAGAAAUUUAUUUAGUAGAUCAAAUAAACAAUUCUUUGCGAAU